AUGGGUAAGAGCAGUAAGGACAAGCGUGAUUUGUACUACCGUAAGGCCAAGGAGGAAGGCUACAGAGCCCGCUCAGCCUACAAACUACUUCAAUUGAACGACAAUUUCCAUUUUCUCGAUGACCCAUCAUUGAAGCGCGUAGUAGACCUAUGCGCAGCUCCAGGUUCCUGGUCCCAAGUACUUUCACGUAAACUAUUCGAAGGAUCAGACCAACAAGACCGCCGCAUCGUAGCGGUAGAUUUACAAACCAUGUCCCCCAUCGAUCACGUGACCACCCUCCAGGCUGACAUCACCCACCCCAGAACCCUGCAACGAAUCCUCCAGCUAUUCGGCGACGAACCCGCAGACCUAGUGAUCAGCGACGGCGCACCAGACGUAACAGGUCUACACGAUCUCGACGAAUACGUACAACAGCAGCUCGUCAUGAGCGCCCUACAACUCGCAUGCUGCGUACUCAAGCCAAAAGGCUCCUUCAUAGCAAAAGUGUUCCGGGGUAGAGACAUAGACCUACUCUACUCCCAACUAGCCUGCCUCUUCACCCACGUGACCUGCGCCAAACCAAGAUCUUCAAGAAGCACCUCUCUCGAAGCCUUCGUCGUAUGCCAAGGAUACCAACCACCUGCCGACUGGACUCCCAAACUGGAUCCCAGUCAAUCAGUACAACAAUUCUUCCAGCAUUGCCUACCGAAUGGCAAACACAUAGCGCCAUUCAUGGCAUGCGGGUCCCUCGAAAGCUUCGACUCGGACGCAACCUAUACUAGCACCUGCAGUACAGACCCCAUCGCGACAGGAGAUAAGCACAAACCCUCGCUAAAUCCGGUCCAACAACCAACGAAUCCACCUUACAAGCAGGCCCUGCUACUGAAAAGACAAGGAAGACUUUCCAGGCACGUGCGCUGA